AUGCUCGAGGCUGCCAAAGAAAAAGAGCAUCAUACCCAUACAAUCCCUUUCUAUUCUGAGGGUGUGCAGUUCGUCCGAAUUACCACUCUAGGCAAUGAUGACAUCCUCAGUGUGGACCCUGAGAGUCAUACUGGAGAAACGGCUUACAGGGCACAAGCAGAUGCUAUAGGUGUACAGUGUCGAGACAUUCUUGGCUACCGGUGGAAUUAUCAUGGCACCAAAAGACGCUCGGGAAAGAAAGAAGAGACUCCAGCUCUCCUAUUUCGGUAUCGCUGUGCACAAGACCAGUAUCUUCAGAGAUCACGAAAAAUUGCUGACCACGCAAAGCACCAAGAUCGACGUACCCAUGCUUUUUUUGGCUGUGAAAGUCAUCUGGACAUCACUCUGCAAGUUAUUCAGGGAUUACUUACUGCAAGGAUUGAUCUAAAACACACCGAUGAUCAUAUUCCCUACCGUGCAACGCACCUGCCACCAAAAGCCUUAGAGUUGAUUACACUCAAUAAAGAUAAACCUUUGAAGGAUCUCUGGCUGGAUGUCCGAAGGGAGUACCCAACACCGCCAUUCAGCCGAGAUGCUGUGUAUAAUUUUUGGCGCUCCCUCAAGAUGAAGGAUUGGAAACUGGAUGAUGAUCCAGUAAUCUCGGCAAAAAAGUUGUUGGAGAAAGCAAGUAUUGACAAUGGCUGGGAAGACUUACCGCGUCGAGUCCACAUAAUCGAAUUAGGGGAGAGUGAAGAUUAUGAGAGUCUUGGAUUCUCAAUCACACCGGUGCUGGAAUUAUGGCGAGGUCGCAUUAAGGAAUUAGUAAUAGACUCAGCAUGGAAAUGCGCAACGGGUAAUUGGGAAUUGUUUGUGCUCCUUGGGGAAGCAAGAGGUUCGGGGCUCCCAUUGGGCUGGUGCUUUGUGAGAACAAAGUCAAAACAACCAAAGGCCGGCAGUAAAGAAGCUGUGCUUACCACAUGGCUCAGACAUUUCCGUGAUGAUUGGAAUAUCAACGCCCUUGUCACUCAUUCAGAUAAGGACCGCAGCGAAAAAGUCUUUCCUACUGCCAAACACCAGCUUUGUUUCUGGCAUGUGUUGAGAGCGGUGAAACAACGGCUUGCUGUCCUCCGUCGCCAACCAGCUCCGUAUAAUGCUGCACAAGCGGCAACCGAGUUUGCAUUCAUCAACCCAAUCUUCAUACCCAUCCACCAAAGAGAAAAGCUCCCUGAAAAAGUCGUAAGGAAAGAUGCCGACAUACCUGUUAUUCGUACCCACUUGGCCGUGAGGGUGGGAAGUAGUGAGGUGGAGGAAGUCCCUGAGGGCCACGACGACGACGAUAAUAAUGCUGACAGCAUCCCUAGCGAUGUUAGGGAUUUGAUUACAAAAGUCCUGAAUUGGAAUGUCGGUAAUAAUCGGGAGGGGCAGGAGGGCUGUGUUGAUGAUGGCGAUGCAACUGAUGAGGCCGACGAGGAGGAUGCACCGGAUUGGAUGUUUGAGGCUAAUGAAACUCGUUCAGCGGACCCAGAGUAUGAGUUUUGCCCUGCAGUUCACCGAAAACAAAUUCUGUUAAUACUCACCCGCCAUUUCUGCCGCCACCCCUUCUUCCCCACCCGUAAUGGCAUACAUCAAAGUGAUUGCGAAAUCCGAGACAACUCUGUGCAGGAAAUGUACACCUUCUGCAUUAAACGAGGCUUAGCGGAUGUCUGGGGUUACCUCUGGACAUCAUGGUACUCACCUUUGGCAUGGAAACUCUGGGCGCGGUCCAGCAAUCCAUCAAUUCUCUCACGUCUACGAACCACAAUGACAGCGGAGAAGCACUGGCAAUAUCUGAAGCACACUCACCUAGGCUUCAUGCACCGGCCACGGCUCGAUCAAACCAUCUACACAAUGAUAACGGGCGUUAUUCCAUCAAUAAUUGACAAAUCAAUUGAGUUGGAUGGCACACGUCGCCUUGGACUGGCCCCGCCACUGACAACCUUCCAAACCCAGGCCAAAAAAGCUUGGCGUCUUCUUGCAAAGCGGCCAUGCAGCGGAAUCGACUAUAGCACGGAUGUGAUGAAAUGGGUGUGUGAGUGUGGUGGCCAGCAGCUGCAGGCGCAGCACCUUUGCAAGCAUCUUGUUCAGGCCAUUCAAGCGCGUGGCCCUCUGCCUCCAGACUUCUUUGAAACACUCUCACGGCGACGCACAAUGCCGAUCUACAAGAUUGCUCACAUACGUGGAAUGUCCGAUAUUGAUAAUGGCUCAAUUUCGGAUGGCAACGACAGUUGGCUAACUGUCCACAAAAACCUGUCAAGAGGCGCAUGGAGACAGCAUGUGACUGGUGGCCCCACCGGCAUGACUGCUGAAUCGUCAAAACGCCGCCACUCAUCAUGUGAGGCUGAGGAAAUACCCCGGAAGAAGCCCAAAGGUUAUUUGCGUGAUUCUUCAUCCUCCGGUGACACUGUGGGUUAUGGGUCAGAUUCUGAUGAGUCAAUCGAAGGGAAAGAGAAAGUCCGGGUUUUCAUGAAUAACCUUGACCGUUUGCUGCAAAUUCUCGCCAAACAAUCCGGAUUUAACAAUCCGAAAUGGGACAAAGCCAUCGCUGCAACUCCCUUAUUCACAACCGCUGGCAAUAUCAUUGAAGACUACAUCAAAAUUGUAGAACACCAUGAAGCGCGGCCUGAGAAGACAUAGCCAAAGACUACCCAAGAGCGCCAGGCUUCUCCUUACACCCUCUACCACCAGGUCUAAGCGAUAUCUAUUCACCCUAAACUAAAUCGCGAUCAAGGCUCUCCCACCCACUGCUCCGCUAUCGCUUGAACACUGUCAUCUAGCCCAAACCCACCACCUUCGUCGCGAAGCCUGCCAGUGUGGGAGGAACCAUCUUGUCACUGGUGGAGUCAAGCGUAAGCAUCAUGCCACUAUUGCUGUAGCUGUGGUUCAGAGUCGGAGAGCGACAGAGGGAGUGAAUCGAUUUGGAUUAGGCCACACCCACGAUUGAUGAUAACUCGCUCUUUCAUCAACCUUAUGCUUGCGAUGUUCUCUUGUUCUUUGCGCGUUUAUGUACAUUAGAGUCACUAUUCAUCUUCUAACUGGUCAUUGACUUGCUAUCAACAUAUGCUAAAACCCUCCGAACCCACAUUCUUGAACAUCAUCUAACUUAGACUAAUAGUGCGUGUGCG